AUGUCGUUGGAAGGCUUUCUACGGGUUGACGGUACAAGAAUUGUGCGUGAAGUUGGGAAUGGCGAGGUGGAAGAAGUGAUCUUGCGCGGCGCUGGACUGGGAGGCUGGAUGGCCAUGGAGAACUUCAUAUCCGGCUUUCCCGGCUGCGAGUUCCAGAUCCGCGAAGCACUCGCCGAGGUAUUAGGAGAGGAGAAAUCGGAGUUCUUCUUUGACAAGUAUCUAGAGCACUUCUUCACCGAAGCAGACGCGGCCUUCUUCCACUCCCUGUCGCUCAACUGCAUCCGCAUCGCCGUCUCGCACCGCCACUUCGAAUCGCAAGAGAACCCUCGCGUGCUCCGCCCAAACGCGUUUGCUCACCUCGACCGCGCAAUCGCGGCAUGCGCCGCACACGGGAUAUACACGAUCAUUGACUUGCACACUGCUCCGGGAGGGCAGAACGGCGGCUGGCACUCGGACCAUGGUACACACCUCGGCCUUUUCUGGCGUCAUCGUAAUCUUCAAGAUAGUGUGGUAUGGUUGUGGGAGCGGUUUGCCGAGCGGUACAAGGACAACACGUGGAUCGCGGGAUACAACCUCUUGAAUGAGCCCGCCGACCCUCAUCCGCGCGCGGAACGCCUGCUAGGCGUAUACGACCGGCUCAUCGUCGCGGUGCGCGCCAUCGACACGAAACACAUCAUCUUCCUCGACGGCAACACCUACGCCGCAGACUUCUCUGCCUUCCCAGACAACGUGCGCGAACGCUGGGGCGACAACGUUGCAUACGCCAUACACGACUAUAGCGUGUUCGGCUUUCCGAAGGGCGGGGUGUAUGAAGGCACGGAUGAGCAGCGCGAGAAGAUUCGGCGCGGGUACGCGAGGAAGAGGGCGUGGACGGACGAGCGGGGUCUUUGUGUGUGGAAUGGCGAGUGGGGACCUGUGUAUGCGCGUCGCGAAUAUGAGGGGGCGGAGACGGAUGCGAUCAACAAGCGCCGGUAUGCUGUACUCAAGGAACAGCUUGGCUUGUAUCAGAAGGAUCGCUUGAGUUGGUCGAUAUGGUUGUACAAAGACAUCGGCUUUCAAGGCAUGGUACACGUCUCUCCCGACACGCCCUACAUCAAACUCUUCAAAGACUUCCUACACAAGAAACACCGGCUCGCAGUCGACUCAUGGGGCUCGAACGACGCCGCCGUCAAGAACAUCUACCAGCCCAUCGCAGAACUGAUCAAAGAGCACGUCCCUGACGAGGCGCACCAGCAUCUAUACCCGUGGCCGAACUGGAGCGUCGAAGAGCGUGUGAACCGUCUGGCACGCGCGACGCUCGUAGCGGAAUAUCUCGUGAAGGAAUGGGCGGAGCAUAUGCAUGGGAUGGAGAAGCCACAGCUGGAGGAGCUCGCGCGGAGCUUUCAUUUUGAGAACUGCUUGCAGAGGGACGGGUUGAACGAGGUUCUGCGCGCUCAUGCUCACGCGGUUGAUAGUUCAUGA